UCAUCCUGACGCCAGUUAACUCGUGAACUGUCCAGGCACUAACUUGCCAAUCUGAAUCAGUGAUUAUUAACGAAACGCGAGUCUUUACUUAAUUGCAUUUGCUAUAUUUUGGCAAACAAACGUUUUAAAACCAUGAAGCCGUACUUACAGUGUGUGAUAUUUUCGGUACUUUUGGCCCUCGUGUUGGGAUCAACCGCCGACGAUAUGGCAUUCGAACGUGGGUACAGAUCACUGUACCGUGUUUACGAAGAAUGCCAGCAGCGGAAUGGCGGAUUGUCGCCGUGUUUUAAGAAAAAAGCCAUCGCGUUCUUCGAGAGACUCGGACGGAUUGACAACAUCCCGAUAACGGAAAAUCUCGAGCUAGUAAGAGUCUCUAAUGAUAACGCGACGAUAAGUAAGCUGAAUAAUCCAAGUGAUUUGGAUAAUUUGGGUCGUUCUGGUGCCUCGAGAGAGGAAAUACUCAACGAAAUUCUGCUGGACCGCGUGGCGAAUUUGAUGAACGGUUUCAAUGUUCAGAUAAGUUUGCCGAAGACUAAUACUGUGGAGCUGAAGAGAAGCAUGGAGGAGGGCAGAGGCAAGAUGAAGAAAAUGAUGGGAAUGAUGAUGACUGGAAUGGCCAUGAAAAUGGCAGCUAUGGUUCCCAUUGCGAUGGGUGUCCUGUUCAUGUUGGCGGGAAAAGCUCUGAUCAUCAGCAAAAUAGCUCUCGUGCUGUCGAUGAUCAUCGGAUUGAAGAAACUGUUGAGCCAAAAACAGGGCGGAGAUUCUCACGGAGGAUGGCAGAGUGGUGGCGGUGGUGGCGGCGGCGGCGGAUGGGACCGAAGCAUCAAAGACGUCCAUCACUCGUCUCUGGAUUUACAGAACGUCGAGUCUACUGACAGCAAUUACGCCCAAAAUUUGGCGUACUCUGGGCAGAAGCCUUACCAGCAUUAAUUCUGAAAUUAAAUAAUUAAGACGUGAUCUUUAUUAAUUAGUAUUUAUAUUUAUAUUUAAUUAAAAGUGAUUAUUUAUUUAUUUACUUGUUUUUCGGGUAAUAAAUUUAUCGGAAAAUAAACUAACCCAUUUUCAGACGGGAAGCGGUCGUUUGUCGCGUGCUCAGAGUUCCCGGUCGCGUAUUUAAAUGUGACGCGGUUUUACGCUCGCCCAUACGGAAAAUCUUCAUUACGAUAAUUUUAUCUACACGCAUCCAUGGAGAUGAUUUAGAUAUUAUUUUUUUUAUUUUAUAGCGGAAUAUUUUAUUGCAUAUACGCCGUUGUACGUAUGAAUGAUUGUUACGUGUCAAGCGAGACCGAUGGCAUACUUGCGCACCUGCUACUCAUCAGUACAGUUUACUUUUAUUUUAUUUUAUUUAAUCUAUGAAUUUUUUAAAAAUUAAUUCACUUUAUUUAUACAUGUCUUAAAGUUAUUACAGCCAUUAUUUAUUUAUUUUAACUAUUUAUGUAAGACGAUUAAAUAAAUUGUACAAUAGCACAAUAA